AUGUCUUCCACCACUCAACAACCACGUCUUGACCGUGCCUACUCCACCUCAUCCUCCUCCUCCAGCACAUCCAACGAUGGCUGGCUCGUCCUCAACGGAGAGAGCUCCUCCAGCGUCAGCACCCCCAGCGAAGCCACCGACGCAUACAACCCAUACCUUCAACUUUCCCCCGUCACCCGUCCAACAUUCAGACCCACCGAGAAUGCUGAGGACAGACAAAGAUUGUUCUUAUUGAGAGCACGAGACAACUAG